AUGGGGGCCAGCUCCCACGCGGGUAGCCGGAACAUUCUCUACCUUGGCAGCGAUCAGCACCGCCACCUGUAUGCCUCUGGCUGCCCGUGGACACCUACGCAGUCGGCGCUGAUUCCGCUGAUCCUGCUUCGCAGUAUUCGUCUGAGCGUUCAGGAGACUGUGAGCCGCACCGCGCAAGCGCAGCUGCGCUCUCCUGCGCAGCGCCUGACCUACCACUACACGGGGUGGAACUUCGACACUGGACUUGUGAUCGUGCCUGGGUGCAAUCUGUACAUGCUGCGGAAGUCGCUGCCUGGCUUUGUGCCUGGGAAGAGCACUUUGGCGCACCACAUCACCAUGACAGAGCAGGAAGAGUUCCACCUGCCGAUAGGAGGGGCGGAGGGCCGCUUGCGGGACGGCAGUGUUGCUGUGCCGGUGCCGGGGCACGGCAAUGACGCAGCACGCGGCUCCCGCCACAACUCCAGGGUACCGGAGGGCAGUGCUGCUGCGGCGAAGCGGGAGGCGCGUAUAAAGAAGUGUGAAGAGAAGCUCAUCAUGAAGCGGCGGAACAUCAACACAGACCUCAACCUCAGCGACGAGCGCACGUGCGUCGCCCUCUGCUUGGAGGAGGCAUGUGCCCUUGUCCUUCCCACGUGUUUCUUUGUGUGUGUGCUACAGAAGAUGUCAGGGGAGGCGGAAAAUACUGAGUCUAUUUUACCUCUGCGGGCGCUGGGAACGGGACUCUACGGCCCCGAGUCGAGCGAGUGGAACUUAAUGUCAUCUAUUUUACGCAAGCACUUGGAAGAGUAA